AUGUUAAAAUCAUUUUCAUUAAUUGGUAAAAAUAUUACCAAAAAUGUUUCAUUAUCAUCAUCAAAUAAAUUUUUAUUUGGAAAAAAUCAUCAAAAUAUGAAAUCAAUUUAUUCAUCAAUUAGAUUUUUUUCAAGUGAACAAGAAUUACCACCAAGAGAUUCAGAUCAAUUUGAUGUUGUUAUUGUUGGUGCAGGACCAUCAGGUUUAUCAACAGCAAUUAGAUUAAAACAAUUAUCAGAGAAAGCAGGUAAAGAUUUAAGAGUAUGUGUUGUUGAGAAAGGUUCAGAAGUUGGUUCACAUAUAUUAUCAGGUGCAGUAAUGGAUCCAAAAGCAUUGAAUGAAUUAAUACCAGAUUGGAAAGAGAAAGGUGCACCAUUGAUAACCGAAGUGAAACAAGAUAAAUUCUACUUUCUAACAGAGAAUAGAUCAUUAAGAUUACCAACACCAAGAUUAAUGCAUAACGAGGGUAACUAUAUCAUUAGUUUAGGUAAUGUUGUCAGAUGGUUAGGUGAACAAGCAGAGUCAAUGGGUGUUGAGGUUUAUCCAAGUUUUGCAGCAUCAGAGGUGUUAUACCACGAUAAUGGUGCUGUCAGAGGCAUUGCAACCAACGAUAUGGGUAUUGCUAAAGAUGGUUCAUUGACCUCCAAUUUCACUAGAGGUAUGGAGUUGAAUGCAAGAUUAACAAUAUUCGCCGAGGGGUGUAGAGGUAGUUUAACUAAAGGUUUAUUUGAAAAAUUCAAUUUACGUGAUGAAUGUGAACCACAAACCUUUGGUUUGGGUAUUAAAGAAACAUGGGAAAUUAAACCAGAGAAACAUCAACAAGGUUUGGUAAUUCAUACAUUGGGCUAUCCAUUGAGUGAUGAGUUAUUAGGUGGUAGUUUUAUUUAUCAUGCAGAGAAUAAUACUGUUAAUUUAGGUUUAGUCGUUGGUUUAGAUUAUUCAAAUCCAUACUUAAAUCCAUAUCAAGAAUUUCAAAAACUUAAAUUACAUCCAAUGGUAAAGGAUAUGUUAGAGGGUGGUACAUGUAUUCAAUAUGGUGCUAGAACCAUCAAUGAAGGUGGUUUCCAAUCAAUUCCAAAACUUGUUUUCCCAGGUGGUGCUUUAGUUGGUUGUACUGCAGGUUUCGUUCAUGUACCAAAAGUUAAAGGUUCACAUUAUGCAAUGAAAACUGGUAUCUUGGCUGCUGAAGCUGCUUUUCCACAAUUAAUUUCUCAACAAGAAAAAGAACAAGAACAAGAGCAAGAUAAACCAUCAGUUGAACCAUUAUUAAUUAAUGAAUAUCCUGAAGAAUUAAAGAAAUCUUGGGUUUGGAAAGAAUUAAGAGAAGUUAGAAACUAUCGUCCAAGUCUUCAUUGGGGUACUAUACCAGGAUUAAUUUAUGGUGCUUUGGAAAUGUAUAUUUUCCGUGGUCAUACUCCAUGGACUCUUAGUAAUGGUAAACCUGAUAAUGAACGUUUAAAACCUGCUGCCGAAUGUAAAAAGAUUGAAUACAAGAAACCAGAUGGCCAAAUCACUUUUGAUCUUAUGACCUCCGUCAUGAGAUCUGGUACAAAUCAUGAAGAAAAUCAACCAAUUCACUUAAAGGUUAGAGAUAUGGAAGUAGCUAAAAAAGUAAAUCGUGAUAUUUACGAUGGUCCAGAAGGUAGAUUCUGUCCCGCUGGUGUCUAUGAAUGGGUUGAAGGUGAAAAAGGUGAAAAAGAAUUAGUUAGAAAUAGUGUAUUCUGUUUACAUUGUAAAACUUGUGAUAUUAAAGAUCCAACUCAAAAUAUAGAUUUCACUGUACCAGAAGGUGGUGGUGGUCCAAAAUAUGGUGCUAUGUAA